AUAUUUAUUAUGAUCAGCCAGUGAAUAAGAGUUCUUUUAUUGAAACUAACACAUUUCCUGUUCCAGUGCUAAUGUUUUCAAACAUUCCAUAUAAGUCUUAUUUAAAUUGUUAUUUCACAUAUAAUGCUAAUAAUACCCGCGAAGAUAAUAAUGCAUGCUCUCAAUAUAUAAGACAGCCUAUAUUAAAUAACAGUACUUCUAAAUAUGAUGGCAACUUUUUAACUAAUGGAAAUUUAUUAUUUUCAACAAAUCCCAAUGAUGACUUAAAAGAUUUUGGAAUUAUGGACAUUCAUGUCUGUGAAACUAAUAUAGAUGAUAUCACAAUGUAUUACUGA